CCCCACCCACACACACACACACAUAGUAUCUCUUUAACAGACAAACGCUUGGCGGAUAAGGAUGCGUGUGGCACCGGAGUACUCUCCGCAGGAUGAUGACUGUGGGAGGAUGGGUGGCCGGACGGGUUCUGUCGCGGGCGAUAACGAUUCGGGUGACGUUCCGAGUGGACUGCCACCUGCCUAUGGCAGCCAUGAUGGCGAUGGAUAUGCGGAUAGCGGAGGAAUGGCACCGGUGCGGGCGGCGCCCAAGAUGAAUGCAUCGAGUCGGAGGAAGAGGAGGGAAGGGCGACAGAGUGGAGAGAUGCACAAGAUCCCGCCGAGGAGGCUGAGGAAGCGCUACGUGGACGACGAGGGGACGGUAGUCAAUCCGCAGCUGGUGCUUGCGGCGGCCGAGGCCAAGAUCUUGCCGCCGCGGUUGUGGAACUACUUUCUCCGCGAGCACCUUGCGCUUGCUGUCCUCUUCCCGGAGCCGCUGUACUCGACCCAGGCUCGAGUGCUGUCACGGAAGGGACGGAUCUUCAUGCUCGCCUUUGUCUUUCUCGCCGCCUUUGCCGGAGCCAUGGUGUAUCAGAUGAUGACCCGCGACCUGGUCUCGUGCUCUGCAGCGGCGUACUGCCUUGCGAAUUGUCGCCGCGACCACUCGCUGGCGGGAAGCCACGCCGAUGCGUGCCUCCCGACCCCGUGGGACGCGCAGUACUCGAGCGAUCACUCGUACGAGCUCUUUGGCUAUCCGCCGCACUCGUCGGCGACGGCGCCGUCUGUGGCGGAUCCGAUGGCCUUUACUUGGUGCGGAUCGGGCGAGUUGGACCCGCCUGUCUGCGUGCCGUACUGCUACAACGGCAACUCGGUUGGCGACGACAACCGGCCGCGGUGCGAUAGUCUCGACGACCCGGACAAGGCCUCGUGGCUCCUCUGCGUCUCGCCGACUUCCAUCUCCAAGUGCACCAAGAACGGAAACGCCAAUGAUCCGACGCAGACUGAGUUCCAGCACCUCUCCAACUCGAUGGCGUCAGACGAUACCGAGUCGACCUCGCUCGCCGGGCGGAUUCUUGUCUACUGCCUGGUUGCGCUUGCGGUCUUCUUCAUCACCUCGACGGUCAAGCGCAUUGUGUCGUUUGUGACGAAAAAGGGCCGCGGCUGCUGCGUGGCCUUUGUGGUCAAGUUUCUCGGGUACAUCAUCAUUGCCGCCUGCGUCAUCAUCAUUGUUGUCCUCGCCAUCCUCUUCCACGCGCAGGCCAAAUCGGGCGGCGGCGACUCUUUCUGGUCGGCUGUCGCCCUCUUCUCGACCUCGUUCUUCGUCUCGCUCGGCCUCGACUUUGUCAAGCUCACAAUCUUUUACUUUGUUUGGCCCAAGCGGCGGUCGGCGUACUACCGCGCGUACUUUGACGAGCUUGUUGUGCUCGCUCGUGAGUGGGACCUGCCGUACGGCGCGAGCGCGUAGGCGGCCAUGGCACUAUUACAGCAGCGGCGCGACCAGAUGUGCCGAGGUUAGGUGGUCUGCCGGCGCGUCGACCGCCGGCAGAGGGUAAAGACGUCGGCGAGUGCA